AAGGAAACGGGGAAAUGUUCAUAAUGCCGGUGCAAUGGCAGCUACAACGGUUGUUUUGCCCCAUCAGCCGCUUCCUUCCUAUUCACCAAUGGGCCAGCCUUGCAUUGAUAUGGAUGUUGCUGCCUCUGCAUUGCCUGUCACAGAUGAAGGAGCACUCUGUUCUGGCUGGAUCUCCCAGCCCUCUCCCACAUCCUUACAGCCUUUAACUCAGUGGACCACUUACCCUGAUUAUGUGUCCCACGAAGCAGUCAGCUGUCCAUACACAGCAGAUAUGUAUGUUCAGCCUAUGUGUCCCAGUUACACACUGGUUGGACCUUCAUCUGUUCUGACUUACACUUCUCAACCGCUGAUCACCAAUUUUGCACCCCGAAGCACAACCCCUGCUGUAGUGCCUCAGCUCGAGGUGACGGAUCAGCAGCCACCUCUCACAUACUUCCCAUGGGCACAGCCCCUCUCUGCACUGCCAGCCUCCACUUUGCAGUACCAGCCAGCUUCUUCCACGCUUUCUGGGCCGCAGUUUGUGCCCUUGCCGAUCUCCAUUCCUGAACCAGCCCCCCAGGAGCUGGAGGAUGCCAGACGAGUCAUCGGCACACUGCCCAUUGAGAAGCUGCUUCUAGAAGAUGAAGACAAUGAUACAAUUCUACAUAUUUAUGCAGCUAAAGGUAUGAGGGCGUAUACAUUGGCAGCUGCAGAGCGCAUGAAAUUGCUGCGAAGACUUGAUGCCAAGGAACACAGAGGAAAGACUCCUCUGCUGGUGGCUGUCACUGCCAGGCAGCCAGCUAUUGUCUAUGAUUUGAUCCAGACAGGAGCAGAUGUCAAUGCUGUAGACAACAAAGGGCAGUCAGCUUUACAUCUUGCUGCAACAUAUGGGUAUGCCCAAGUUCUUCAGGUUAUACUGUCACUGGGUUUCCCUCUUGAUCUAGAAAUGAAGGAUUUUGAAGGCCAUACCCCACUCCACUGUGCUGUUCUGGCCCACAAUGCCCUCCUCCGAGAGCAGGGUUGCCAGACAUUGACAGAGGAGCAGCAGAAAGAUCUUCAGCACCAGAGCGAAGAGCUGGAGUCCUGUAUCCACCUCCUGGUGCAGACAGGAGCCUCCAUCUACAGCCGGGAUGUGAAAAGCAACAAGACAGUUGUUCAUUAUACAGUCCAGGAUGGGAACAUCUCCCUGCUCAGAUACUUCUUGGAGCUGAAUGCUUUCAAGUCCAAGGACUUUGUCAACAACAAGGCACACGGCAACACAGCUUUGCAUAUGGCAGCUGCAUUGCCUCGUGACAAGAACCAGAAAGAAAUCGUCCAGUUGCUUCUUGACCAUGGGGCAGACCCGAGCAUCCGAAACUUAGACAAUGAUCAGCCAAUCCACAUGGCUCCUUCUGGAAAAGCUGGGGAUCAGAACGUACUGCAUGCUCCCAUCUCAGGACCUCAGCCACCUGCAAGCCCUGGAAUUGUGGAAGCUCAGUGGUGA